GCGGUCUGCACCACGUGUGAAUCAAAACAAACUUAUCCGAAUGAAGUGCGCCCUCAAUCGACUAGGUUAUGUGGCUCAAGCUUAACGAGGACAAGCAACAUGAACGACCUAAAAAUUGCCAAACGGAAUUUGUCCGAUGCUUUAGGCGAUAACAUCAAGCUAUAUUGGGCCAACAUGAAGUUAUGGUAUAGACAAAAGAUUACCAAGGAGGAAUUUGAUCUGGAGGCCCGUCGUCUUCUCAGCGAUGACAACAUACAUUUACACAACGAGUUUCUGGUGACAGUACUCACAAGAUGUCAGAUACUCAGCUCAGAAUCAUCAGCAGAGGCAUCCAAGGUCAAGAGCAGUAGUUUAUCCAGCAGCACGGAGAAGCUGACGAAGAAGAGCAAACCACCAAAGAAGAAGAAAGUCCUCGUCAGACCCACCUUUGAGAAUCGCUUCGUGCCAUCGGAUGCCAUGCUCAAAGCUCCCGCUGUGGCCAUGCAAGUUGAAGAGUCGUUAGACUUCUGCGCUCGUAGCCUGUUCCUACCAGACCCUGCUAUGCUCCAUGGGCGUGUCUUUGUCACGGCAUGGGAGUGGGGCAUUGAUAACGUGUCAGGAGCUACCAUACCAUUGAUAAUGCACUCAGUGCAGCAUGUACUGAAGAACGUGAUCAGUGCAGUGAUUUCUCGUCGCAGCGGCUACAGCGUACGAGAAGGCAAGUUUAAACACAACAUGGGUGUCUUCAUGCAGCUUCCAUCCCUCCGAAACCAGUCCAGAGACCGACCUCACCUUGAGAAAAGCAGCUCUUCCACCAACAUGGAAACCCCAUCAGGCCAAUACUCUGUGACCAGACCAGACUCGGAGACCAGUGAACAGUGUGCAGUCAUGCAGCAGGCAACAUCUGGUAUCCCGCCCACUCAAAAGCCUGUGUCCACCUACGACUUGCUGGAUGCCUUGCAGGUUCAUCCAGGUGUCUUGGCAUCACACACAGUCAGCUGUGCUGCAGUUGAGCGCACCAUCGUUAGACUGUGGCAUCCAGACCGCGAUGAGUUACACCAAGAUGACAUACAGAGGCAGAGGGUAGCUCAGCAGCAAGAGGAGCUGAUGGUCUUGUGAGAGAUCAGGGUCAGUCAUACGCAAAGUGCCUAGAACGGUUAGGGGCACUCAUAACCACUUCCUGCCAGUUAUUCCGGUACCGGACACGUAUGCUUAAACGCGUGGCCCGGGUCUCCGAAAUCGGACAA